AUGAAGCUGCACACUGUUGGCUUUUGUGGUGUGGACGACUCCGUGAACCUGCUGCUUCUUCGCAAUUUGGCAGACCCCCAGCUACCCGGGGCAAAGCUUCGCCUGGCGGCGCAUCUUUGCGGACAGGAUUGCCUCAGGCAAUGCUUCUCAGGUGUUGUUGAGUCCCAGGGUUACAUUGAAUAUGUUCGUUCUGGAAGGGCACUGGCUGGUGACGUUGCCCACAUCUCUGGGCUCCAUGCUCUUCUGGGCUUUGGGCGUGCGCAGCUCAACCCGACCAAGGCUAAUCAGGCCUCCGACUGGCAGCCAGAAACGGCCGCUCGCGGUCUGCGAGAGCUGGCAGCUGCGUUGCCCAGCGUCGAGUUUAUUCUCCAGGUGAACGAGGAGACGCAGGAGCUCUUCAGAGCCCUGUUCCAUUCCGAGCCUGCGCCGCCCAAUUUGGCGGUGCUUCUCGAUGCAUCCUGUGGUCUGGGUGUGGCACCGGGGAGCUGGACCGCGCCGCCCAAAGUUGUGCGCCGCUUUGGCUUUGCGGGUGGUUUGGGACCAGACAGCGUGCUUCAGCAGCUGGAGGGCAUGGCCGCUGCUUGCCAGGAGCAUCAUCGGGAUGCCUCGGUGUGGGUUGACAUGGAGUCCAGGAUCCGCAGCAAGUCUGUGACCGGUGCGGACGUCUUCGAUCUAACUCUCAUCCGACAAGUUGCCGAACUGGUCCUGAAGUCGGGAUGGCUGCUAAGGAGCAGCUUGUAA